AUAACAUCGUAUCUAAUGAUGGGUUCUGUGUCACCAGGACUGAAAUCUCAUGCUGUGACACUCUAUGAAGCGGGAAAACUAGGGCAUACUAGUAUCCCAGACCUUUGCCAGGAUUUGAGCACAUUAGAGGGAGCGAAAUUUGAGGGUGAACUGCAAGAAUUUGCAAAUCAUGCCUUUAGUCUACGUUGUGUCCUGGAAUGUUUGAUAUCUGGUGGAGUUGCUACAGAUACAGUAGUUGAUACUAUGGGCUUGGGAACUUUGAGCAAUGAUGAGGCUGUUACUCUUCUCGCAGAUGCUAAUUUACCUGAUAAUUCGGGAGAUUCCUUAACCAGCCAAAAUAGUGAGGCUUCCGUGGUUUCAGAUUCCCCUCAAGAGGUUCCCUUGUCGACAGAGCGUGUCCAUGAAAGCACUGAACAUGAAGCAGCUUCCACUACAUCGUCUGUUGAUACUAAUACCUUGACUGAGACCUACAGUUCUAACCUAAACCUUCAGAAUGAUGGAAAGCCAAUCUCCGUUGAGGGACCUGACACCGGUAAAGGAAACAAGAAAAAGAAAAAAUAUCGCGUUGACAUUCUCCGUUGUGAAAGUCUAGCUUCUCUAACUCCUGCUACUCUAGAUCGUUUGUUUUCCCGUGACUACGAUAUUGUUGUGUCAAUGAUUCCUCUUCCACUUACGACUGUUCUUCCUGGACCGUCAGGCCCUGUUCAUUUCGGUCCUCCCUCCCAUUCAUCCAUGACGCAGUGGAUGAAACUCGUAUUGUAUUCAACCGUGGGCACUGGGCCUUUGUCGGUUAUCUUGAUGAAAGGUCAGUGUCUGCGGAUGCUUCCUGCUCCACUAGCUGGCUGUGAGAAAGCUCUCAUUUGGUCUUGGGAUGGAUCUUCGGUUGGUGGUUUAGGAAACAAGUUUGAAGGUAACUUGGUCAAGGGAGGUAUUCUGUUGCACUGUUUAAAUUGCCUUCUCAAGUGCUCAGCUGUUCUCGUUCAGCCUCUCAGCAAGCAUGAUCUUGAUCGCUCUGGAAGAAUUGUUACUUUAGAUAUACCAUUACCCCUGAAGAACGCUGAUGGUUCCAUUCCUCAUUUCGGCGAUGAGCUUGGACUUCCCCUUGAGGAAAAUACUAAGUUGAACUCUCUCUUAACUAAGCUGGCAAACAACAUGGAGUUGAAGACAGUCGGUUACAUUCGGCUUUUGAAACUCUUUAAAGCUAAGGAUUCGUCGGGUUCCUUUUCUCCAGAUAAUGAUGAGAAGUAUGAAUGGGUCCCUUUAACCGUGGAGUUUGGGUUUCCACUUUUCAGUCCAAAGUUAUGCAACAAUAUCUGUAAAAGAAUCGUGUCAUCACAGUUACUCCAAGCAGAUUCGCUCAUGGAACAACACGAUGCAAUGCAAUGCAUUAGAAAAAGGUUGAAAGAUAUAUGUGCACAGUACCAAGCAACAGGUCCAGCUGCUAAACUUCUUUACCAGAAAGAACAAGCAAAGGAGCCUGCGCGUAGUAAUAAGCUCAUGAACUAUGCAAGCGGAAGGUGGAACCCUCUCGUGGACCCUUCGUCACCAAUAUCAGGAGCCACAAGCGAAUUCCAACGGCUGAAACUAGCUAAUCGCCAACGUUGCCGGACCGAAGUUCUGAGUUUUGACGGUAGCAUUCUUAGAUCCUACACCUUGGCCCCUGUAUAUGAGGCUGUCACAAGGACCAUUGAUGAGAAUGCACCUUCUUUAAGUACAACAAAGACAGACACUGAUGAAGCAGAUAGCCGAGAAGUGAUUCUUCCAGGACUAAAUCUUCUCUAUGAUGGUUCAGAGUUGCACCCUUUUGAUAUUUGUGCUUGCCUUCAGGCUCGUCAACCAGUUGCUCUUAUAGCAGAAGCUGCUGCUGCAUCUGCAAACCUUGCCCCGAAGUAGACUACUACUCACUGAAAUUCCAGUCCAAAUAUCGUAGGACAUAAUGUGAAAGGUCGGGUUCUUGUUUGUUUGUUUUUACAUUCUAGCCGACUGGAAAAUACAUCUGCGGCGACGGCGAGCAUCAGAAUACACUGAUGUUGCUUAGUCGCAGUAAGGGUUAGGAAAUCUACAAAUAUAUUUGGCUAACGAAUGAUGAAUGUAUCGUUAUACCAUUUGUGUGCUUCAGUUAUAAAGAUAGUACUGAGAAAAUUUUGGAGACAUUGUGUGUGUAAGUGUCAAGGAAGGCUGUGGUGUAUAGGAGUUUUGCGUUUGGGACUGUCUUGCACAGAUUUUAUCCCAAUUUGGUUCGGGCGACUCCCGAUGGCCCAGUUAUUACGUCGAGGUUGAUGAAAGUCUCUUUUUCCCAAUAACAAAGUAUAUUUGGAAUCAGUUUUUGUUCUUUUUCCAUACAAUCAAAAAAGAUGUUUGCUUUUUUGGGUUACGUAUACGUCACGCACCAAAAUCAAACUGUGGAGUCUUUUCAAUUUUCAUAAUCAAAUCAAUUCAAGUCCAACCAUGAAUUGUCAAAAAUAACUAUUGAAUUUUGUAUCAAUUUGUACUUUUUAGUAUGUAUGGCUUAUUUGUUUUAGUUUGGUUA